GAAACUACCCUAAGAAUAGAGGAAAGAGUGAAGACACCCCGCCGCCUGAGACACUCUAAACUGAAAGGAAACACAAAGGGAAAAGCAAAUACAUGCAUAGAUACUUUUUCUCUAUGUUCGAAGUCUAGACGACUUCGAGAGAGAGUAAGGAAGGCCUAGCACCGCAAAUCCCCAGAAAGAAAAAGCAAAGGCAAAAAAAAAAAAAAAAAAGACAAUAGCUUUGUAAAGACCGUCGACCACUGUGAACAAGAACUUGGGUGUUUAUAAAAUAGCGAAAAUGAAGUAUGUAUUAGUGACGGGUGGUGUAGUAAGCGGUCUCGGCAAAGGGGUCACUGCAAGCAGUAUCGGACUCCUCCUUAAAGCCUGUGGACUUCGUGUUACUUCCAUUAAGAUUGAUCCUUACCUGAACACAGAUGCAGGGACAAUGUCUCCUUUUGAGCACGGGGAAGUAUUUGUCUUAGAUGAUGGUGGCGAGGUGGACCUUGACCUUGGAAACUAUGAACGGUUUUUAGACAUCAAGUUAACCCGUGACAACAAUAUUACAACAGGAAAAAUAUAUCAGUAUGUAAUUGACAAGGAGAGAAGAGGAGAUUACCUUGGAAAGACUGUACAGGUGGUUCCACACAUUACGGAUGCGAUUCAAGAGUGGAUAGAGCGUGUAGCAAAAGUACCUGUGGAUGGACAAGAAGGUCCAGCUGAUGUCUGUGUCAUCGAAUUGGGUGGAACUAUAGGAGACAUUGAAUCUAUGCCAUUUAUUGAAGCACUUGGCCAAUUCUCCUAUCGUGUAGGACCUGGUAAUUUCUGCUUGAUUCACGUCAGCCUAGUCCCUGUUCUCAAUGUUGUUGGUGAGCAGAAAACAAAACCUACCCAGCAUAGUGUUCGGGGACUUAGACGACUGGGUUUGACCCCGAAUAUUCUAGCUUGCCGAAGUACAAAGGCACUUGAGGAGAAUGUUAAGGGAAAACUUGCUCAAUUUUGCCAUGUGCCGGCAGAAAACAUUGUCACUCUCUAUGAUGUUCCAAACAUAUGGCACAUUCCAUUGCUAUUGAAGGAUCAGAAGGCACAUGAAGCAAUCCUGAAGGGGCUGAACCUUCUAGGUGUUGCUAGGGAGCCUGAGUUGAAGGAAUGGACUGCAAGGACAAAAGUUUUUGACAAGUUACAUAUUCCUGUUACAAUUGCCAUGGUUGGAAAAUACACUGGCCUUUCGGAUUCUUACCUCUCUGUUCUAAAGGCUCUUUUGCAUGCAUCUGUUGCUUGCCACCGGAAGCUUAUUGUAAAAUGGGUUGCAGCUAGUGAACUCGAAGACGUUGCUGCUGAAGAGGCCCCUGAUGUUUAUAAGGCAGCGUGGGAUUGUUUAAAGGGUGCUGAUGGUGUUCUUGUUCCAGGAGGGUUUGGUGAUAGAGGAGUUCAAGGGAAAAUUCUUGCGGCAAAGUAUGCUCGAGAGAAGAAUGUUCCAUUCCUGGGGAUUUGCCUGGGGAUGCAAAUUGCUGUCAUUGAGUUUGCACGAUCUGUUCUUGGUUUGCAUGAUGCCGACAGCACGGAGUUUGAUCCUGAAACUACAAAUCCUUGUGUAAUAUUUAUGCCCGAGGGUUCAAAGACACAUAUGGGAGGUACCAUGCGUCUGGGAUCAAGGAGGACAUACUUCAAUGUUAGUGCUUGCACAUCUGCAAAAUUGUAUGGCAAUGUAAGUUUUGUAGAUGAGCGACAUCGGCAUAGAUACGAGGUCAAUCCAAAUAUAAUAUCACACCUUGAAAAUGCUGGUCUAUCAUUUGUUGGCAGAGACGAAACUGGUCAGCGCAUGGAGAUUGUUGAGUUGCCUAGUCAUCCAUUCUUUGUGGGUGUUCAGUUCCAUCCUGAAUUUAAGUCAAGACCGGGGAAACCUUCAGCACUUUUCUUAGGACUAAUAGCAGCAGCCUGCGGGCGCUUGGAGACUGUCCUACACGACAACGGCCAUGUAAAAAGGUCAGUGUCUAAUGGGAUGAGUAAUGGACACACAAUGGUGAGAAUGUGCAAAAACGGAGGCACAAUGAAGUCGGCCAACGGGUCCGUAAAUGGUGUCUAUAGAAAUGGUAAUGGCGUGCACUUGGAAGGAAAUUGAUGAUUCCCUUGUGGCAGUUUCUUCUGCUAACAUGGUAUCGUUUUCACUCAAAAGAGCUUUUUGGUAGCCGUCGGUUUCGUCUGUACAGCUGUUGAGCUUUGGUAGAUGUUAUAGCUUGGAACUUGGAAGAUUUAUCUUCAGGAUGGUGAUGGUGGUCUUUGAAUCACAGCUUUGUAUUUCCAAGUACACUCUGAAGCUGAAAGUUAUUUUUUGAUAGACCUGUGUUUCCAUUUUUUUUUCAGGACUUUUCGUGUUGAUGGCUUUGAAAUUUAAGCGCAAAUUGUUUUCUAUCUUCUCACAAAACUAAUAUACUUUCACUAUGAUUGAAAGCCACUGGGGUCUGUACAUGUAAGAGAAGCAGCUAGUCCUUUUUUUAGUCAGGCAUAGAGCACCUUCUGCAAAUUCAACCCCUUCAACACAUUUUGAGUUGUAUUCAGCUGAUACAUUGAGAAUAGACAAUGUCGGGUAUAAAGACUAUGUUUUUAUAUUAUCUUAAUGUUAACGAAAACAUUUUCUUACA